AAAAACCCAUUAGUUUAGAUUUAUAACUUGGUUAAAAGCGCCUGCGAUCGGUCUGAGAAAUGUCCAUGCAGGGGUCUGUGCUCGCAGUGGGGAAAUGCCUCGCCUGUUUGGAGUUUAUGCGGUCGGAUGAACUCUAACAAGACCUUUGCAGAAAUAUGAUGGGACAGAAAGUUGUGUUGACAUAAAACUGGAUGUUUCUGCUGUGCAGAGUAAAACAGGAUGUCCUCUCUGGCUGGAGUUUGGACAAAGGAGUGUUCCCACAGGUUUAUGUGAAGGCUCUCGGUCAUCGAAGUCAUGUGAUAGUAGAAUGUUCCCAGUGUGGCGGGGGAUCGGGGCCAGUAGUGGCGUCGGAGGUGGAUGGAGCCAGGGCUGGGGACGCUGCUUGCGAUGGGACCCCGACAGUCCAGGACAAGGGGCCCGGAUCCCAGUGUUUGACUACCCUGUGUGGUUAGUCCUCUGUCGUGGGGGGCGUGCCAGGCUCAGGGAGGUUUGUCAGAGAGGGAGGGGUGCCAUCAGACUGCCCACAGACAUGCUCAGCAUCAAGCUUCCCCAGCUUUUUGACAUCCACCAGGUCCCUAAGGUGUUCAGAGAGGAUAGCAUCAUCUCUGGAUACCGUCACCCUCGGAGCUCCGCGCUGGACUGCGUCCUCAGCAGCUUCCAGAUGAAUAACGAGACCAUCAACAUCUGGACCCACUUCCUACCAACAUGGUAUUUCCUGUGGCGUUUCUGCGUCCUCUGCUCCACUCUGAACUUCCUGACCGACAGUUACACCUGGCCCCUGCUGGUGUACAUGCUGCUCAUUUGCAUUUACCCGUUCACCUCCAGCUGUGCACACACCUUCAGCACCAUGUCUCCAGAGUCCCGCCACAUCUGCUAUUUCUUUGACUACGGAGCGCUCAGCCUCUACAGUCUGGGUUGUGCCAUAAGCUAUGGAUAUUAUGUCAUGCCAGACUGCUGGGUGAACAGUUUCCUCCAUCAGCAUUUUGUUCCCAUCGCCAUUGGAAACACAUUGUUCUGCACCAGCCUGUCCUGUUAUUCCAGGUUCCUGGAGUUGCAAUUCCCACAGAGAAGUAAAGCUCUAAGGACAGGAGCGUUUGUUGUCCCUUUUAUAUUUGACACUGUCCCUCUGUUUUACAGGAUCCUUCUGUGCUGUGGGGGAAGCUGCAGCCCAAGCGACGCCGUGUCCAGUCACUGUUACCACCUCCUCUUUGCCUUCCUCACCUGUUUCCUGUUUACCGCCCACCUCCCGGAGAGGUUGGCCCCAGGGCGAUUUGACUACUUUGGCCACAGCCACCAGCUCUUCCACGUCAGCGCUGUGGUAGGGACCCACUUCCAGAUGGAGGGCGUGAUAGCAGACAUGACGUCGCGGAGGGCGUGGCUCGUGGCCCACGGGGCGAUGCCUUCCUUCCUGGGGACCAUCGGGGUGCUGGUCGUCAGCCUCGUCCUCAACCUGGGCAUUAUCGGUAUUUUCAGUGCCCCGCUGCUGUGGAAACCCCGCCGCAGCUCCAACCAGCCGCACACACCAACAUGCGAGUGCAAGGAGCAGUAAGGAUUUGUUUUCCACCUUCAGCCACAAAACGGCUGAUUCACUUUCCAAAGGAAAGGUUUGGGCUGUUUGAGAUGAUUAUUAACAGAUGACAGAAGUGCUUGUUUAACACCAGCAGUUUUAUCCUUCAGACAUAAAGCUCUUGAUACAUUAUGUUAAGUGCUAAAGCAUUUUCCUAACAAGUAUUUGUUCAUGUGUUAACUCAGAAGCUGAGGACCCAGUCACAUUUAUUGAAGCCUUUUUUCUGAUGCUACAUUAGGCUUGUAUGUGAGGGGCUGAAAACAUGUCUACAAAUGUCUGUUUUAAUUUAUUUUUAACGGUCCCUGAUGAGCAUUCAGAAAGGCUCUGGGUUGAAGGAAGCACGCUGUAAUAACACAACACACAAGUGCCUUAUUGUAGACCUACACUUCGUUUACAGUGUUUACAGUAGAUCACUACAAGUGCAAGUUUAAAUCUCAAACUGGAAACAUUAAAAGUCACAGUUUGCAGGGAUUAUAUUUUGAUAAUCCUUUUUUUUAGCUGGUUCUAGGCCAGACUAUCCUUUACUUCAUUAAGGAUUUAUUGAAAAUAUUCUUUGUAACUGGACUACUUGGUUAGCAUGGGAUUGUUCUGUGUAUAAAGCAGCGUAGACAACCCUCAUUCAACUCAACAUAAUAUAAUGCAGAUUGGAUUGCCAGCUCUUAUACAUCCACCUAUUGAUUCCACUCUGCGCUGACUGGAAUUGAUUUGCUGGCAAAUGUGGUUCUUUUUCUGAUUGCCUGCCUAAUUAUGAGCCCCACAAUCUGCCCUCAACAGGGCAAAAAAAAAAAAAAAAAAAAAAAAGAGAAAAGUUAGUGCAGCGGUGAUUAAAAGACAGGUACCAUUUUUAUAACUCUGUGUUGCCAUGGCAGCGCUAUAGUGGCCUCAUGCCCCCUGAAGGUCUUCAGCAAUUUUUAUGUUCUGAACAAAUGGCACCAUUUUCUCUUGUUCUUCCAUCACGUAUCAUAAGAUCCAUUCUGAACAUCUAUCAUGUAUAAUUACACAAAAAAUCAUUGGCUUCAAUUCGACUUUGUAAAAAUUUACAUAUUUCCAGUCAGAUUUCCAGCAAUUUCUAACAAUUAUCGGUGGAAUUAAGAGAAAUUGUGAGGAAAAAAAAGUCUAUUUAAUCAUUGUGUGGGGUCAUAUUAAUGUGGGGGUCUUGUGGUGUUGCAGCAGUUUAAAAAAAAAAACAAAAAACCAGUAACACUCCUUUAUAUACUGCAUUAUCUUGUUGUCCUAUGGAGAC